CAUACCAACGCGAAGCCGAGUUCCAUCUUGGCAUCCCCGAAGGCUCCUUCCUAAUAUUAAGGAUAUUCAGUGCUAGUAUCCAACAAUAUCCUACGGUGGUAAGCCUAGGUGGGGAUAACAUAUAUGUCCUUAUUCUUUCUCUUGGAUUGCAUCCGAAGUUCACUCUGUACAGCCCGUCAACAUGGUUCUCCCUGCAGCUCUUGCGACAAUCUUCUUGCUGCUACGCUGCACUUUAACUGAGCCGCCUGUUGAUUUCCCAGGCGACGAGACUCCUUACCGAGUAAUUCCAACUGGCACUGUUUCCCCGAACAAUAUUCGUGCAACGUACCUCUAUGGAUAUGUUGAUUGCAACAAAAGCUUCGGCUCAGGAGCUAAAGGCAAACUUAAUGACGCGUAUUAUGAUGCAUGGCUGAUAUCCAAGUCAAUCUCUCGUAAUCAUCAUAUCCACUACGGCAUGAGUGGCGUCAGAUAUCGAUUGGGACCACGUAGCUGCACUGGAGUUUCUAGGUGCCACAGGGCUAAAUAACCUGAAAUCUAGGCGGUCUUGGCAAAUAUAGCAACAGUUAUUUAUAGCUAUAUAAAUCCCUUCCAGCAUUAUAUCAAAGUUCGAUGCGACGAUCCAGCGAAGCUAUGCCAAAAUCGGCCUGAUCAAGG